CUUACAAAACUUUAUUCAACAGAAACAAAAGAUCUCCGAUAUGACGAUAUACAAACUCGAUUUAGUGAUUUGACUAAGCAAACAGAAAAAUUACAUGAUGAUGCUAAAAAGUUUAGGGAUGGAGUUUCAAAUAUGUUGAAUCAUCAAGCAAAUUUUGCUGAUCUCCUCGUCGAAUUAUAUAAUCCAAUUACUCCUGAAGGGGCGACAGAGGGCGCGGUAACCCGUCGUACGAAAACCCCCGCUCAAACCAUGAAAGCUGCUGAAGAGUAUGCAAAAUUGAUGUCUAAUGUAAGAGACACUAUACUAGCUGAAUUGGAUUCUGUAGAUCGUAGAAUUAUCAUUCCGGCCACCGAAUUUUUAGAUGUUAUCAAAUUAAUCAAAAAGACUGUAACAAAACGAGAACAUAAAAAAGUUGACUACGAUCGAUUCCAAAAUAGUGUGAAAAAACUCAAGGACAAGAAAGAUAAAUCAUUGAGUGAGGAAAAACAAUUGCACAAGUAUGAAGAUCAACUUGAGCGUGCAACGCAAGAAUACGAGCAUUAUAAUGAACUAUUAAAAAAAGAAUUACCACUUUUUUUCGAAUACAGAGUUGAAUUCAUUGAGCCAAUAUUUGAAUGCUUUUACCAUAUGCAAUUGAGAAUUUAUGGGUUAUUAUUUGAGCAGUUUGAACAGUUAGCAGAAUUAGGAUACUUUGAUUUCGAAUCUGAUAUAAUUGAUGGGUUUGAUAAGAAAAUAGUUGAUGCCAGGGAACAGUUGGACGACAUAACAUUGUUUAAACGAAGCAAGCAAAAUAAGAAACAAAAUGAGAGUUCACGUAAACAAAGUCCUAUUCGGGAGUCUGCACUUACACGUUCUUCGGGACAAGUACCGACCUAUUCAAAGGAAGACCAUAGUGAGGAAGACGAUGAACCUCCUGCUUAUACUCCUACACCUGUUAAAGCGCCGCCGCCGCCACCACCCGUUUCCCGAAAGCCAAAACCUGUACGAUAUGUAGUUGCUUUGUAUGAUUACGAGGCAACAGCUGAUGGAGAUUUAUCUUUCCGGAAAGAUGAUAAGAUUGAAGUUAUCGAGCGAACGCCCGAUGUAAAUGAUUGGUGGAAAGGGAAGUUGAACGGUGUUAUAGGUUUAUUCCCUGGCAAUUAUGUUGCCGAAUUAUAA